GCUAGUGCUGCAACUCCUGUCUUCAAAAUUCAUUAGCAUUCAUUUAUUUUAUUGUAUUUUACUUUGAAACCCCUUUUUCCUCAUAUUUCCCACAGCUUUAGAUAUUGAAUUUGUUUUUUGAAGAAUUCAUUCAUCAUUUCAGGAGUUGCGAAAAGAGAAAAAGAUUAAUUUAAAAUCAAUAAAAGACACCACUGUAUUUCAUAGUGUCAACAUUCUUCUGCCAACUUUUGAAUUACAUUUUAAGGUUCAUAUAGACAUUUACUGUACAUUUGGUUUGGAAAGACAAGCUGCACUACGUAUACUGCACACCAUCAUGGGCAUCAUGACUAAAUGCUCUCUAUGGAGCAGCUGCAGUAAUGUAUGUCACAAACUAAUUGGACUACACGCUGACCCAGUAAAGCUCUAUAUGAACAUUUUCCCACACGACAACUUUACAAACAGACAGUGGGAGGUGAGAGUGACGACAGGAGAGGGUGGGGUUGGUUGUACUGCUCAGUGGAGGAGGAGGGGGGGGGGGGGCUCUCCUCUCUGCUUCAGCCAUGGGUUCUUCAGGGAGAUGGAUGGUCUGGACCCUGUGUGUGUGUUUCACUGCCCUGCAAAACGCUGCACUGAGGGUGACCGUGAGGGAAUCGAGUCUGCAGGUGGUUCAAGGGGACGUCGUCGUCCUGCCCUGCUCCUUCUUCACCUCCACCCCCCUCUCCAGACUCAACGUCAUCUGGACCCUGGCUCCCUCGUCCAGUCCCGAAAGCCCGAUACAGGUGAUCACGUACGACCACGGACAGGUGAUUGAAGCCCCCUCAUUCAUUGGCAGGGUGGGUUUUACAGGCAUUCCUUGGAGUGCAGAUAUUGCCGUGAAUGACACGCGUGUCGCGGAUGCAGGUACGUACCGCUGCGUGGUCAAUAACCCGCCAGAGACAGCGGAUCCCGGCAUCGGAGAGCUGGAGCUCAGCGUUCUGGCGCCGCCUUCGCUGCCCGUGUGCCAGUGGGAUGGAGACAUCGCCGCGGGAGGAAGUGUCACGCUGUCCUGCUCCGUGGUGGAGGGCGUCCCGAGGCCCCAAAUCCGCUGGGAUAAAGUGAAUCCAGGAGAAAUCGCACUUCCCAUCAACGUGGAAGGAGAUCUGCCAGGCUCCGUCCAGAUCGUCAACGUGUCCUCGGAGACGUCGGGCCUCUAUCGCUGCUCUGCCAAGAACCUCCUGGGGACGGAGAACUGCUACGUCAACCUGUCCGUGCACACGCCACCGGACCGGUCCUCGGGGCUCCUGCAGGCCGUGCUGAUCACCUUGUCCAUGAGCUCGGUGCUGGUGGCGCUUCUGGCGCUCGUGCUGUGGCUUCACCGCACGGGACAGGACGGGAGGGAGGGGGGAGAAGAGGAGGGGGAGGAAGAAGAGUGUUACAAUGAGAUACGAUAUACUCCGUCACUGAUGAAGCGUUCGUUUGUUUGACAAAAUGCUGCUUACUCAGGGAUGAAACUAAAGACUUGAGAUUGUGUUUCAUCGAAGUAAUUGAUUUUGGUCCUUUGGCUUUUUUCAGUGCUCCCUGCAUGCCACUGUACAAUAUCAGACUUUUCUAAAUAAAUGGCUCAUCUUUCCAGUUUGUGUAGUAUUUGACUUACAUAAAGGAUUCAUAGUUACAUACGUUCAAGUAUUUACAAACCAGACGUAUGAGGGAAUUCUCUAACCCAGUAUUAUAUUGUUUUUUUUAAAUGACUAUAAUAUGGUUUGUCAU